AAGUUCUGAUUCAAAAAAAUCAAAACACGCUUUUUAACACGUUUACUGCUUUGUUUUACUCCUCAGUGAUGUCUUUUCGAUUUACUUUCAUCCUUUCGUAUUUCGGGAAUAAACUCGUCAGAUCUCUGAGAUUCUGGCUGGUUAAAAUCAAUGCCUUACGUGUCUUUGGGACGGCUCUGGGAGGUUCUCUUCGAACCGUGUUCCAUGCGAUCCGAAGGUUCGCAGUGCCUCCGAAUCGGAUAAGGUCCCGAACCUGUUUCCCAACAUGGAACGCGCGAAGUCGCGCCGAGGUGGCCAAGCUUGGCGACUGUGCAAAGAAACUGCUGUUCUGUGAAGACAUGAGCGAUGUGCAGUUCGCCGUCGGACGUGAUUAUGGCGCCGUGAAGAUCUUUCCAGCUCACAAGCUCUUAAUGGGCCUCCGCAGCGCUGUAUUCCACGUAAUGUUCUAUGGAAGCUUGCCCGAUAAGUGCUCAGCUCCCAUUGACAUUCCCGACGCUCAUCCCGACGCCUUUGCGAACAUGCUAAGUUACAUCUACACCGACAUGGUGACGAAUCUCACCCACGACAACGUCUUCGACACGUUGAAGUGUGCUGACAAGUACGACUUGCCGUUGCUGGUAGCGAUGUGCACCAACGUCGUCCUGGACACGCUCAACCUCAACAACUGCCUGCAAAUUCUGGAUAAUGCGGUGCUGUAUGCAGGUCCGGCGCCGAAGAUCCUGGAGAAGUGCUUGGCUUUGAUUGAUCAAUCACCGUUGACUAUUUGGCAGUCGGAUCAGUUUUGUGAAAUCGGGCAAGAGGCUUUACAAGCCAUUCUCAAACGGGAUACGUUGACGGCCAACGAAGAUACCAUUUGUUCAGCGGUUGGCAGGUGGGCUACGAAAAUGUGCACGCUAAGGAACAUGGACGCAACAUUCGCUAAUCGGCGUGAAGCAUUGGGCCAGGCGUUUUUUCUCAUCCGGUUCCCGUUGUUGACGGAUGCACAGCUGCUGGAUGAGCCCGUGAAGAGCGGUUUAUUGCUGUUAUCGGAAGUACUGGACAUCAGCCUCUGUAAGCAGGGCACCAUUAAACCACAACUGCCGUUCUGUGCGGAACCCCGACGAAAUGUUCUCGCUGAGGGUGUCAUUAACUUUACAAUUCCGGAUGUGAGGGAGCUGCAGACGAAGCCUGCGUACAGCAGUCCAGUAACGAUCAGAAAGCUGCUGUGGAGAAUCGUGAUUGUGAAGGAAACUGUCGGGUCAUCUGCUGCUCUCGGCUUCUUCCUUUAUUGUUCUGGCUUUCCGAAAUCGACCUCCUGGACGUGCAAAGUUAAUGCGGAGCUGCGCCUGCUUCCGUGGGUAGCGGCAAUUGCACCAAUUGAACACAAGAUGUCCCAGUUGUUUGACGAGAAUUCAUGUAGCUGGGGAUGUUCCGAAUACAUUUCAAUGGAGGAUUUGCUGGAUCCAUCGAACGGUUAUGUCGAUCCUGGUGACUUCUCCUUGAAACUGCAGGUCUAUGUCAAUGCGGAUCUCCCUGUAGGGAUCGAAUGAAUCCCGGGCAUGUUUGGAUGUAUGGGAGCAAGGACACGCGCGUGACAGAAGAGUUGUGUUUUCGUUUAAAUUUGGGAUUCCUGAAAGAUUUUUCUCUUGUUGUAUCGUUACACUACCGCUUCGAUAUGCGUUGCGAAUAUUCCAUACACGUAACACCGUUCCGUUUGGUUGAGGGAACAACUUGAGCACAAAUCGUUUAGUAAAGAAACAGAAA